GCACAAUGUGAAGUCUCUCUCCGCUCAGAGGCUGUCCGCUGUCCUCUCUGCUCUUUUCUUGGCAGCGUCUCGUGGAGCGUAACGCGAGGAGGUCUCGGGGAGCAUCCGCGGUGCAGCGCGGCGCGGCGCGGCGCGCAUCGUCCUCGGCCGGCGAAAACCGAAACAACACAAACAACAACACAAACUCUCUGAUUGUGGAAUUUCAAAGCUACUGAGCUUCGGCCCGUUAGUCGUCCCAUCCUUUUUUUUUUUUCUUCUUCUUCUUUUUUUUUUUAAGGACGGAGAGACGCACGAGGACGGAGCGUCAACACGCCGCCGGACCACAGAGCGAACAUCUUCUUCUUCUUCUUCUUCUUCUUCUUCUUCUUCUUCUUCUUCUUCUUUGGGCUUCUGGUGAGGACCAGAGUUGCAGUGAGCGAUGGUACCCGCUCACUAGAGCCACAAACAACGCGUCUAUACGGACACUGGAAUUACAAUCAAAGCAGUUUAAUGAAGAGGAGAAAGAGAAAUCUGCAUCUUAAAACAAAUUAGAAUUCUUGUAUUCAAGGGGGAGGAUUCUCAAGCAACUGGAUGAGAGUCUCAUUUGCCCUCGGCAACUAAAGAUGAUGUUACCAUGGAAACAAAUUGUUCUGCUAUCAAUCACCGGAUGCCUUGCAGCCUGUACAGAGGAUGUCAUAUUUCAAGGGCCAAGAUGGAGGACGGAGCCGAGCGACCUCAUUUUACCGAUCAACUCCCCGGACCAGCAGGCCACCGUCACGUGUGGGGCAGAAGGGAGCCCUCCCCCGCAGUACAGAUGGUCACUAAACGGAACACUCAUUGAUCUGGGGAAUGACUACCGGCGUCACAUGACUGGGGGCAGCCUGAUCAUUAGCAACCUGGACAAGGACCAAGACACCGGGGUGUACCAGUGCACGGCCUUCAACACGUGGGGGUCCAUCCUCAGCCGCAGAGCCAGCCUACAAUUUGCAUAUCUCGAUAACUUCAAAACUCAAGCGGUGAGGAGCGCUGUCAACGUCCGCGAGGGCCAAGGAGUGGUUCUCCUGUGUGGACCGCCUGCACACUCUGGAGGCCUGACAUUUGCGUGGAUCUUUAACGAGUACCCGCACUUCGUCCAGCAAGACAGCCGUCGAUUCAUCUCUCAGGAGACCGGGAGUCUGUACAUCUCAAAAGUGGAGUCUUCAGAUGUUGGCAACUACACCUGUGUGGUUAACAACUCUGUGACGAGGGAGAAGGUGCUCAGCUCUCCCACUCCGCUGGUCCUCAGAAAUGACGGAGUAAUGGGCGAAUAUGAACCCAAAAUAGAAGUUCAUUUCCCCGAUUCAGUUCCAGCUGCGAAGGAAUCGGUGGUGACACUGGAAUGCUUCGCUCUGGGAAACCCCGUCCCAGAAAUAAGCUGGAGGAGGACCAGCGGUAUCCCUUUCCCCAGCAAAGUGAAGAUGAAGAAUUCAAACGCCGUCCUUGAAAUCCCCAAUUUCCAGCAAGAGGACGCGGGGAUGUACGAAUGUAUGGCGGAGAAUCGGCGGGGCAAAAAUGCCGCGCGGGGUCGUAUUUCAUUCCAUGCUAAACCUCACUGGCUCCAGACAAUAACGGACACGGUGCUGUCCAUCGAGGAGAACCUCUUUUGGGAGUGCAAGGCCAACGGAAAGCCCAAACCGUCCUACAGCUGGCUGAAGAAUGGGGAGCAAGUGACGCCUGAGGGCCGGAUACAAAUCGAAAACGGGGCCCUCUCCAUAGCCGUGGUAAACCUGUCAGAUUCCGGGGUGUAUCAGUGUGUGGCUGAAAACAAACAUGGCAUUAUUUAUUCCGGUGCCCAACUAAUGGUGUUAGCUUCGCCCCCCAGUUUCUCCAGAAGUCCAUUAAGGACCCUGCUAAAAGCUCGCUCAGGCAGCGAAGUCACUCUUGAAUGCGAGCCCCAGGCCUCACCCCCAGCAAUUACCCUGUGGAAGAAAGGGAACGAGAUCCUGCAGAGAAGCGAAAGGAUUACUUUGCUUCCCAAUGGGACGUUGAAGAUCGCCAAUGUAACCAGACGGGAUGCGGCCAGCUACACGUGCGUCGCCAAGAAUCAGUUUGGGACGGCGAGCACCACCGGGAGGCUGCUCAUCACCGAACCCACCAGGAUCACCAUGAGGCCCACUAACAUGGAGAUUAUUGUUGGCGAGAGCAUCGUGUUACCCUGCCAGAUUGCCUGCGAUCCAGCUCUGGAUGUUUCUUUCUCGUGGGCAUUCAACGGCCAGCUCGUCGACUUCCAGCGAGACGGCGAUCACUUCGAAAGAGUGGGCGGGAGUAUAUCAGGGGAUCUGAUGGUUCGUAAUAUCCAGCUGAACCACGGUGGGAAAUACGUCUGCGUUAUUGACACGGAUGUGGAGAGCCUGUCCACCUCUGCCAUCUUGGUUGUCAAAGGUCCGCCAGGUCCUCCGGACAAAGUAGCAGUGGAGGAGAUCACAGACAGCACCGCUCAGCUUUCCUGGACCCCCGGAAGGGACAACGGCAGCCCCAUCACCGGCUACAUCAUCCAGGCCCGCACGCCUUUUACCGUGGGCUGGCAGGCUGUUGACUCAGUGCCGGAGGUGGUCAACGGGAACACGCUGACGGCGACGGUGGUGGGUCUGAACGCCUGGGUGGAGUACGAGUUCAGGGUGGUGACCCGCAACAUCGUGGGCCUGGGAGAGCCCAGUCCGGCCUCAGCCAAGACCAGGACAGAGGAUGCCAUUCCCGAUACAGCUCCCACUGAUGUCGAAGGUGGAGGCGGUACAAAGACUGAAUUAGUGAUAACAUGGGAGCCUGUCCCCGAGGAACUGCAGAACGGAGAGGGCUUCGGCUACAUCGUCGCCUUCCGGCCCGUGGGCACGGUCACGUGGACGCGAGCGGUCAUCUCCACGCCCGGCGUGGCGCCCUACGUCUUCCGCAACGACACCAUCCCGCCCUUCGCGCCGUUCGACGUGAAAGUGGGGGCGUACAACAACCGCGGGGAGGGGCCCUUCAGCUCCAUCGCCACCGUGUACUCGGCGGAGGAGGUCCCCAGCCUGGCUCCUAAGAGGGUUCGGACUAGAAGUGUGUCUGCAGUGCAAAUUGAAGUGAUCUGGGAAGCGCUCCCCGUCAUCGCGGAGAGAGUGCUUGGAUAUGAGGUUGUGUACUGGGAAGACGACACCAAGCCCGACACUGUGGGCAAAGUGCGCAUAUCUGAGAACUACAAGCUGGUGAACGUCACCGGGCUGCGAGCCAACACAGUCUACUACCUCUGUGUGGCCGCGUUCAAUACGGCUGGGCCCGGGCCGCAGUCGGCGGCCAUCAACGCCACCACAAAGAAACCACCUCCAGAUCGUGCUCCGCUCAACAUACAAUGGACCAUGAUUGGCUCCACACUCACGAUGCACUGGGAUGCUGUGGUAGCUAUGGAGACGGAAUCGAGGGUCACUGGAUAUUUAGUGGUGCUGAGGAGACACCGCUACAACGACAUCAACGCCAUCCCGACCAACAAAACCACCGUGGAGCUCAGCCUCUCCGCCAACGACAACUAUCUCAUUCAGAUCAAGGCCGUGAGUGAGGGCGGCGAAGGUGUGGGCAGCGAACCCAUCCACAUCCAGAAAUUAAGCAUGGGAGCGCGGGGCUCGGGAGCGAUCCGCCUCAGCCCAUUGUGCCUCUCUGCGGUCCUCAUCGGUGCCCUGCUCUGCUCCGCUUGGUGAUGUCUAAUCGGAGCCUACAGAGCGCCCUCCCCCCCCUCCCUCCACCCCACCCCCACCCCACCCGUCAGCCUGUCCACUGGACUGGCACGAGGCCCAGGCUUUCAGUGGCCAGGACUGGGAGAGACUGGAAAGGACCGGACUCCACCGAACUCUUUAAAGGGACCACGCCACCUUUUUUUUUUUUUUUUAAAGAACCAUCAGAUUUAUUUUUUUUGCCUGCAUGAUACCUUUCAGUAUUUCUUCCUGCGUCAUAAGUGCCAUUGUAGGUUUCAUUUUCUUUUUUUUUUAGAAGUUAUGACGUCUACACGACUUAAUCUUCUUAGUAUCUUUUGGAGAUACUAAUGCCUUAAAAAAAAACUAUUUUACACGUAUAGUCCAUACCAAAGUAGGUGAUAGGCUGCUUGCUUUAUGGUUUCUUUAAUACUCACAAUCAUGUAUCGCCCUCUCAACAGGUGAUUACCUACAAUAGUUGACUUCAUCCAUAUGUUAUUGUCUCAAAAAUGAAAUAUAAACUAAACCAGUUCCAUUGACAGAACAUCAACUAAUGUCUUUAUCACACAUCAUAUUUUGCAGCUUUUGCCAAAAGAAACACCAAUUGUAGGCUUAAAAAAAGACUGACGGAUAUACAAAAGAUGCAUAGCAAAUUGAUCAACUGUGCCUCAUCCCACUUUUCUCUGCAAACUGAAAUAAUAUUAGGUCUGUUGGAGAACCACAGUCUCCUGAGUACAAGGCCCUCCCUACAAUAAUCUGAUAGAUCUUGGCAUUCUGCCAUCUCUUGCUCCUCUAAAUAAUAAAUGCCCAUCACACUCCGCGUUCUCAGUCUGGCUUAAAAAGCCGGGGAUUGCAGAAGAUAGAGACGUGUGGUGUCAGAUCCCGUGUGCGCUGUUCCUCCUCCACAUUUAGACAACCCCCGUUCUAGAUGCGUAUACCAUAUCACAGGAACAUAUAACAUGUAAACACCCCAGAUGACCAGCUGGCCCAGUGCACAAUACACUUGCAGCAUAACAGUGCCUUCACGAGAGCUCACUUAUUUCUCUCUUUCUUUCCUUUUCAAAUAGCUUAGGGGGAAAGAAUCAUGUUGCAGAAGAAGGCAUUGUUUGCUGUUCUCUUUCUGAAGAUGUUUGUCAGGAAGGCGAGGAAACUCAGAAUAUAUAGAGGGAGCCUGUUAUUGGAGAGGCUAUGUUGAUUAAAUUUUCAUUGGAACAAGCACCGGGUUUACCUUCGACUAAAAGGGUUGGAAGCUUUAGGAAAGCCGCAAUGGAUUGAGAUAUACGGCAGAAAUUUCGGUCCCAGUAUUUAUGGCCUCUGGUUUAAUAAAUGUAUGACUCCAUCCGAAGCAUAAUUUAUGGGCUAUUAAGGCAUCAGAAUAAUUGAAGCCAAUACUGCGGUGAGAGUGCCCUGACUGGAAAUGGAGCGAAAGGCACGGCUGACAUUCUACCCCAACCCCAUCACCGCCCAUUGGACACACACCAGACUGAACAGUAACAAAAGAGCGCUGCUACUCUGCUGAGGGGGAGCUACUUUUCACGCCCUUUGUAUCAUGUGGAUGAGUCUGUCAAAAACCAGCCCGAGAAAGGCGUGAUUACUGGGAUCCUGGCGGUGUUCGUUCGUGGACGUGGAAGGAUACAGUCAACUGAACUGUUACACAUUACUGUGCCUUUGCCGAACAUGGGGCUGUGUACGGCCAUUAGCUCGGAGGCUGUCGUCGUCUGUAUUUUGCACUCUCUUAUUAUCCCACCACCCUUGCUUCCCCAAAGUCGAACGAAAGCACAAGGAAUUGAUGCAAGGUGACUGGAUGUCCUCACUUAGCCGCCUGAACAGGUGUGCGGUCCCCAGGGGUGUCGUAAAACGUCCAAGCGGCCGACAUAAUCAAGCUGUCUAUCUGCUCCUCCGUCGGUUUCAUAAAGCUCUGUGCUCUUUGAUUAGGUCGCUGCAGACCAGUCAAUGAGAUAUGGAUUUUCUUGCCCCAAUAUUACAGCUAUCACAAUUCAGCUGCUUGAUUGACUUAUGGCCGGCAUCUCAUUGCACUCGUUCUGUUGUGCUACAGUUAAUUGAUGUUUGAGAACUCCUAUACGAGUGGACAACUUAAAAUCCAUCAUUUUUCUGUUGUGUUUCCGUUUGCUAUUUUACUAGAAAUCUCACUGUAUUUGCGCACAUUUUUUUCCGCACAUUUCUUGAAAAGUAUUUUGUAGUGCAGUGGUAGAUUGUGAUUUUGCAUUGGAGCAGUGACCUGAAAAGUGAUUGGCUGGUUGAUUUGUUCCACAUCGAAGUAUAAAUACUGUAUCUUUCUUCCCAACAGCAUCAAAGCUCAGUCACACCAGCAUUUUCAGUUACAGGAGCCUGAAAUCUCCAGACUCAAUCAGUUCAUGUCAACGGGCCGAAGUAAAUCUGUGUCCAUUCCUUUGUGACGUAACCAUUAGCAAAGCGUCUUGACAAACCGGAUCGUCCAAAAUGGAGGUAGCUAAUGUAGCUCACCAGUUUGAGACAGGUUUUGAUGGUGCAAAUAUGUGGAAUAAACUGUGAAAACCUUAUUUCCUGUUAUAUACCAAGCUAAUGAGCAACACUAAGCUGGCUCGCUUGGGUAAUUUGUCUUUUUAAUGAACAAAAAGACUGACUAGCACUACUAGCAUGUCCCUGCUGUCUAUCGUUUAGCCGUUAGCGCCCUAGCUACGCUAGUUCACAAACGAGCCCUGCGAGAAUUCAUGACGUCACCGAGCCUCGAGCAAUGCCCGUUUCACAGGGACGUGCGGUCGCUGUGCCAAUGUCUGGUGUGACCGGGCCUCAAAGCAGCUUGUGUGUGCAAAUACUUGAUCCAAGUGGUGUUAAUAUUUCCGUUAUUAUUCAAAUAAGGUAACCUCAUCGCAAGGUGGCAGACUCGUAGGUUAUUAAUUAAUUAAUGUGUGGCAGUUUCUCAAAGCUUUCUUAAUUUUUACAUAGUUGUAAUUCAGCCUAAUUUUUCUUACCUCUGCUCAUAUUCACAUAAAAAAACAAAGCUAUUGUUUCUGGCCUUGUGCUUUAAUACAUACAACAAAGUACAAUCGAAUGGAAGUGAAGGCAGUGAUUAUAGGUAUCAGCUGAAAUGAUUGAAGUAGACUGAUCACAGAACAGCAACAUAUCUAUUUAUAUCCACAAGGUCUAUUAUGUUAGGUUGGUUUCUGUGGUUGUUGUUGCUAGAAAGGAGUGUACCUGGUGUUGUGUAAAUAGCUUGCAUAUAUUUUUUAAACAUGGUCAUCAAAGAUAAACCUUACUGCUUUUUAUAUAGUGUGUUCUCUGACCUUAAUACUGGUGUAUUAAUCAAUGAUCUCUGUGAGAUACUGACAUGUAGAGUGGCAUUUUCAUAUUGAAAAGUAACUGUUUUGUCUUGUAUACUAAAAUGGUGCAUGUUAAUCAUUGUUUGUGACUUUGUGUUGAAUUCUUUUCUAAAACUAUAACUUAAUAAAAAUGUUUAUUCCAGCC